AACAGGUCCUGGCGCCAAACACCAAGGAGGAAGAGUUGUAAAUAUUGGCGUUACGGGAGCGAAGAUCUAUUUCACUGCAUAGACGUGGCAUAGAUCUACAUUUUGCCUCACUCAAGCGCAAAAUGAAUACACAGUCAUAUAUGCCCGUCGAACCUGGGGUUGGAAUGGAGGAGAAUUUCCUUUCUCUGGACGAUAUUUUGCUCUCUCAUGAGAGACUCCCCAUCCGGAUCGAGUGCGCUUUCCCCCGGCUGGGAUUCCUGGAUAAGUCGAGUGACACGCAGGACAUACCGGAGGGCACAAAGAUGGAGCUUCCUCUUUGGCUGUCCAAAGGACUGUACGAGAGGAAGAGGAGGGUGUUGUCAGUCGAGCUCCCAAAGGUAUACAGAGAGGGCUGGAGGACUGUGUUCAACGCUGACCCCAAUGUAGUAGACCUGCAUAAGAUGGGGCCCUACUACUACGGCCUGGGAUCCCAAAUGCUGCACUUUGACAGCCCAGAGAACCUAGAGAUCGCACAGACACUGCUGCAGACGUUCAUCGGGCGGUUCAGACGGACCAUGGACUCCUCUCAGAACGCCUACAACGAGGACACGUCUGCGCUGGUGGAGCGUCUGGACUGUCUGGAGAAAGCUCUGUUCAGGUCAGGGCAGAGCGGCCUCAACGGCUUCCAGGGCUGGGAGAAGGGCCAGGCCUCCCAACUCACUGCCUCCAGUCUGGUCCUCAACUAUCGCAAGAGGAAGAUGACCGAUGUGCAGCACUGACCUCAGCCUGCAGUUCAAAGAUACAGACUCUAGUCAGGACGUAGUCAAAACCUAAGAGCAGCAACAGACUCGGUCUGUCGUUUCUUAUUUUAACAGACACAUCCAGCCUCUACAUCAGAGCCAUGCUCUCUGUGCUGGGACCAACCAGUUUGGACUUUAAAUGUCUUUCCUAUUUAUUUUGUCAGGUUGUUGCCACUGAUGGUGCAGAAUCGGUAUUGGUUAAUUUGAUGGACCUUCAGUGGAUAUGCAGAUCUUGUAAAUUUGAAUUUUGAUUAAUGGUUUUUGUCAUUAUCAAGGAAAGAUUCCCCAAAUUUGUAACUUUACAGACAUAGGCAGUUGCUUGUUUUACAUUGUUACAGAUUGUUUACCUUGAAAAUGGUCAAAGAAUCAGUUUCAUAAUGAUGAAUAGAAACCAUCAACUUGUUGUUGGUUUUGAAGACUACAAGUGCAGCCCCAGUAUGUGGAUUGAGGUCACCUCUAAAUGUUGAUGGGUCUGCACAGAGAGAAGAAUCUGAGAUUACAACCUGCCAAGCACCGAUUGCUAGUAAAAUGUUUUUCACACUCACUGAGUUAUUGAGCUGACAACAUUUUGAGGGCAUUUUUUUUUUAACAGCCUCUCUGCUGGAGGCCACACUCCUUGAUGUCGUGGGUUGACUGUAGCUGACCAAGCAAAACAACUUGGCACAGGCUGUUGAUUAGCUGUAAAAAAAAAAAAGUGACAGAAUCCAGACUGCAAACUCCUCCUCUCCUUUCUUUCCUGCCUCAAGUGUGAAGUAAAAUGACAUAAGAUGGAUAGUCAAAUGUGAUAUGAGGCUGUGGUUGGGGGUUCAGUUGCAGACUUGGUCUCCAUCCUGCAGACACUUACUGACACCUGCUGGUGGGACAAAUCACUUGACCUGGCUCUAUGUGAUUCCAUGUAAAUAUUGUUUACCGUUCUGAUUGUAUAUCCAGCCUGUUGUGCCACCCUUCAAAAUGUUCAGGCCAAUAAGUACCUAUUUUAUUUGAUGUAGGCAGUAGGCCUUUUUCCCCAGAAUGUGGAUUGGAGUCAUUAUGACUUGGAUGAGAGGCGACUGGAAUCACAAUUUUGAUGACUUGCAAAUUAAUGACUUAAAACUUGAGACAUGAUAACUCAAAGUGGAUGAACAAGCAGAAUGUAACAGAGUUUAAUGUCAGUAUAAAAAUAAAGAAAGUUUUUGUUUUAUUA